CUUUUCUUUUUCAUUUCGUUCUGCACGUGUAUUUGCAUGUUUCAUCUCUCUUUGUUUUUUUGCAAUGUGAUUCAUAUGUGCGCGAUUCAAUUUUUGAACCGGGUAGCCGUGUGACUAUCGAUCACGAUGUGACGAUUACUCCGCACCGUUCAAACGUCAAAAUGCGCGUACGUGUCCGCUUCGUGAUAUACUGUAUGCGUGAAUUUAUUAGUAUUACGUUAUUAUAAUGAUCCACAAGAAGAUUAACAUGAACAUCACGUUAUCUUUUUUUAAUUCAUCGCAUCCUGCGAGCAGGAUCUUUGUGUGGAUGAAAUGCUCGACCUGCUUCGAUACUCCGUAAUAAUCGUUUAAUUAUUUAUCAAAUAGUGACAAACGUUUGAUCACGUAACUCAUCAAUCUUAAGAUAAUUUACGCCAGUAAAUUCUAUAUACUCGAUAUGCGGGCGACGUCAUGCAAAUGUUUAAAUACGAAACAAGCUUGAUUUAGCAUCCGUUUCCGAGUUUUACGAUAUCAAUGACGCGAUUUGGUCCAGUUUCCUUAAUCUCAUUAAAAUUACUACUGAAUAUAACCAAUUUCGACGAUGAUCGCGACGUUCAAAACUCCCGCCAGAGGACGCGUUACGUACUCGCGAGUGUUUUGCGGGAGAACGCAGAUGUGAUAACGGUGGAGUGACGUACGAGACACGUGAAACGCGCCGUCAAAGAUCAUUCGCGUGACCAGACGUAGGGAGCUACAAGUUUUUCCCGGAAAGAGAAAACGAAGAUACAAAAGAUUUCCUUCCUCGAAGCUGGAUUUGCACGUAAAGACGAAUCAUUAUACAUGAAGAUCGUCGUCAUUCUAUUCGAGACCGCUGCUGAGGUAAUUAGGUCGCUCCUUCGUCCGCUAUAUCUCAACUAGUCACGUGGUUCCAACGAUACGAUCUGGCGCCAACUUCAAACGGAACAAAGAACUGAUUAUCACGGGAGGAAAAGAAAAAAUCUACUUCGCCGCAGAGAUAGAGACGUGAAGAAAGAACAAGUUAUAUCAUCCAAGUCAUUUACAAUCCAGUCUUAAUCGGAAAAAACUCUGAAGACAGAAACGUAAGACUUCGAUUCUGACUUUGAUAAAUCUCGAACGAGCGGCGAUAUACUGCUACUGCACGACGAGUGUAUGUACUUUCGGAUCUUUGAUAAGGCAAAGUGAUAAGAUAUUUAUAGGCAUAUCAUUGGAAGCCGGAGAAAAGAGAAGGCAAGAUGUCUUGGUCCGUCUUUCGUGGAGCUGUGCUUAGUCGCGUCUGCGAAUUUUCGACAAUAAGGAACGUGCCGUGUUUUCACGCUGUUAUUGCCACCAGAAUGUCGUCAACAAUGUGUCAGGAAGACCAUAAAGUUGUCCCUAAGGAGGAAGUCAUCAGAUUCAUCGAAGAAUGCAUGCGCAAGGCUGGCACUACACCAGAGGACGCGCACACGGUCGCCCAUCAUCUGAUGACUGCUGAUUAUAGGGGCCAUUUCAGCCACGGGAUGAACCGCAUGCAGAUGUACGUGAAGGAUAUCGAAAACAAAAUCACCGAUCCGGCCGCCCGACCGCGGAUCGUCACCGAUUUUCAGGCGAUAGCCGUCGUAGAUGGAGAGAACGCGUUAGGCCAAGUGGUUGGCAAGUAUUGUGUGGAGUUGGCCAUAGAGAAGGCCAAGAAAUUCGGCAUUAGCAUGGUGUCAGCCCGCGGCUCCAAUCAUUACGGCAUCUGCGGUUACUACACGAAGAUAGCAAUGGAUCAAGGCAUGAUCGGCUUUACCUGCACCAACACGAGCCCGCUAAUGGCGCCUACGCGCAGCGCAAAGGCUGGUCUGGGUACGAAUCCAUUGUCUUUAGGUAUGGCGGCUUGUGAUGGCGACGAGUUUCUCCUCGACAUGGCGACCACUGCUGUAGCCCUUGGUAAGAUAGAGCUGGCCAUUCAGAAGAAUGAAAAUAUCCCUGAAGGUUGGGCGCUCGGAUCAGACGGCAAGGUGACUCGCAAUGCUGAAGAAGCCUACAAAGCAGCUAUGUUGAUGCCGCUCGGUGGCACGGAAAAAAAUUCCGGUUACAAGGGUUACGGUCUAGGUCUAAUGGUCGAGAUACUGUGUGGUAUUCUGGCCGGAAGUGAGUUUGGUCCAAACAUCCGUAGCUGGAAGACCGGCGACAAAGUUGCCAAUCUCGGUCACUGCUUCAUAGUCAUUAAUCCUGAAGCGUUUACGCCCGGGUCCAAGGAAAGAUUGUCGACGUUACUUGGACAGCUGAGGAGUUUGCCUACAGCCGGUGACAAUCCUAUUUUGGUUGCCGGAGAUCCCGAGAGACAACACAUGCAGAAAGUUGACAGGGAAGGUGGAAUCACGUAUCAUCCGAAUCAACUGAAAAUCUCGGAGGAAUUCGCCAAGCAUAUGAGUGUGCAACCGAUGAAACUCGUUCGCAGAUCUGCUUGAUUGUUUAUUCGCCAGGAAAGAUCGAUGAACUCAUUUGUCUCAUCUUAGUUUCUUAGCUUUCGACCAACCGUUUAAACCACUGAUCACAGAAAUUAGAGAUGAUCGAAAAUCAAUUAAGUGCUGAUUUAUUUUUAUGUAAUAUUCUCGUUUUGUUUUAUGGACACAUUUAUUGAUAUUAAAGAAAAUAUUUGAUUUUUGAUAUAUUAUUAUAUAAUAUAAUUCUUGUUUUUCAUAUUCUACUCGUUAAAAGUGUAUAUUCUACGAAAUUAUUUCAAAUAUCUAGACUCUUUCACACAUCUAGAAUGAUAAAAUUGUCGAUAUGAGAUUUAUAAAAACCGAUAACGUUUAUUUCAAUUACUGAGUUAUACGAAUAAUGUUUAUCAAGAUGAAUAAGUUCGCAUGUGCAAUUCCAUGAUUCUAUGUAUACAAUAUUCACUUUGACGUGACAUAAUCGACAUUGCGGUUUGAUCACUGGUCGAUGAUGAUGACGGUCUUGGACUUGUCCGCUCGAUUACAGUUGUUAUUUCUUGCUGAGUGGGUGUCGCCGAUAAUAUAAAACUCAGUUGAUUGUUGGAAAAUAUAAGUCACAAAAUAUAAAUGUGAUUAUUUAACAUUAAUGUUCAAUAAAAUUAAUUACUUUUUUAUCAG